AUGACAAAUUCUUCUAAAAAAUGUGUUGCUAUUAUUGGUGCUGGUGUAUCAGGUCUUAUAUCAGCAGUAAAUAUGUAUAAAGUUGGUAUACAACCAAUUGUUUUUGAACAAGCAUCAAAUAUUGGUGGUAUAUGGAAUAUUGAUAUAAAACCAUGUUGGAAUUCAAUGACAACAAAUAUUUCAAAAUUUUCAACAACAUUAUCAGAUUUUUCUUGGUCAAAAAAUAUGUCAAUAUUUCCUAAUCAACGUGAUGUUUAUCAAUAUCUAUCUAAUUAUGUUCAACAAUCAUUACCAAAUAAUAUUUUUCGAUUUAAUACUCAAGUUUUAAAUAUUACUUAUUUUAAUCAUAAAUGGAUAGUUGAAUAUUCUACAAAAUUAAAUAAUAAAUUAUCUGAACAAUAUGAUUUUGUUAUUGUUGCAUCAGGCUUUUGUAAUUGUUCAUAUAUACCGAAAAAUAUUAUUGAUCAUUCAUCAUUUCAAGGUACAUUAAUACAUAGUUCUAAUUAUCAUUCACCAGAACAAGUAUAUAAUAAAAGAGUUAUAAUUGUUGGUGCAUCAAUGAGUGCAGUUCAAAUAGCUGCUGAUAUGGCAACAACUGCAAAACAUAUUAUUCAUAUUGUACCACAUAGUUUUUGGUCAUUACCUCGUUUUAUACCAUUAAUACCAAAUGAUCCAGUUUCACCUUUUCUUCCAAUUGAUUUUGUUUUAUUUCGACAAUCAAAAAGAAUAUCGAAAGAAGAAAUCUUAUUUCGAAAUAAAGAUGAUUAUAAAAAACUAAAUCAAUAUUAUCAAUUAAUAACUGGUAAUAAUCAAAAAUCAUUUUAUUUAAUUGAUAAUAAUGAUGAAAAACCACCAUAUAUGACUAUUUCUGAUAUGUAUGCUGAAUGGAAUCGUGCAGCGCCACUCAUCAACGAACGUCCUGAUUGGAUACUUUCAUUAAUAUUAAACAAUGGAACGACAAUUGAAACAAGUUCAAAUGAUAUUCUUAUAUUAUGUACUGGUUAUCAACCAUGUUUUGAUUUUUUCUCAAAAGAUAUUCUUGAACAAUUAUCUUAUAUACCCAAUGAUACAUUUUGUCCAAUAAUUCUUUAUCGUUGUACAUUUCAUCCAAGUUUACCUAAUCUAGCAUUUAUUGGUAUGCAACGAGGCCCACUUUGGCCAAUUAUUGAAUUACAAUCACGUUGGGUAGCUGGAAUAUUUUCUGGUCUUUUAUCAACUCCUUCAAUUAUUCAACAACAAAUAGGUCUUAAUAUGGAACGUCGUAUACGUGAUCAACAACCUCGUCCUCAAUAUCCACAUGGUGAUUUUGUUGGGAUUAUUAAUGAUUUAGCAAAAGAAAUACUUGUAACAACAUCAUCAGAUACAAAUGAUAUUGUUAUACCAACACAAUAUAGAAUUAAUGGACCUGAUCAAUCUGUUACUGAUGAAAUGAAUUCUAUAUGUGAAGAAGCAAAUAAUGGUCGAUUUAUUGCUGGUGCUGUUUUUCGUUCACUUCAUGAAAGUAAAUGGACAUUUGAACGAACAUUAAAAGGUAAACCUUCUGAUGGUAUUGUUCAUGGUCAAGCACAAUUUAAUUUUUCUCAACAAAAUGAACUUAUUUAUAAAGAACAAGGGAAAUUAAUUUUAUCAUCACAAGAAAUAUUAGAUAUUACACAAAAAUAUAUUUAUAUUUAUGAUGAAAAUAAAGAUCUUAUAACUGUUUAUUUUGUUGAUAAUAAUGAUAAACGUUCUUCAAUUUUUCAUACAAUUUCUUUUCAAUCAAAACAAUCAUCAAAUAUUGGAUGGAUUGCAUAUGGUGAACAUUUAUGUAAUCAAGAUCAUUAUUUUAUUUCUUAUUUAUUUAUAUUUAAUGGAAUAAAUUUAUCACAAUUUGAAAUAACAUAUACAGUUAAAGGUCCAGCAAAAGAUUAUAUUUCAAAAACAAUUUUUCAACCAAUAAAAAUCGAAUAA